AUGAGUGAGAAAAAGCAAAAGAGAAAAUAGAAUGAUAAAGAAGAUGGAGAAUGGAAAUGCUUAGAGUGUUGUAAAUCCUAUCUUUCCUAUCCGGCAUUUUAUACUCAUUGCAAAACUAAACAUGAUUCUAAAUGGCCUAAGUAGUACAGUACACCAAGACCUUUGGAAGAAAUCAAGCGUGAUAAAACAAAACCAAGAACUAAUAUGGAUGAACAAAAAUAGCAUGAAAAGGAGGAUUAAAUCUUUGAGUUUUUGGGUAAAUUAGGGCAGAGUAAUGAAGAGGAAGAUUCGUCGAAUAAUUGCAUCAGACAUUAUUUGAAAUAACCCAUUGACCCAAUUAAAUCAUUAAAUGAAGAUCUAUUUUAAGGAACAAAUUAUCUUACCAUUUAUAACAAAGUUUUGAAGGAAUUGGAAGAAUUAAAUAAAAAGGUAAUUGAUCAGGAAGCAAUUUGGGAUUUCAAAGAUCCUCUUACAUUAACAAAUGAAUUGGAGGAAUUCACAUUUUCUAAUCUUAAGGGCAUAUUUCAUUAACUUGAUGGCUAAUUAAAUGUCAUUUAUGUAAUCUCCAUUUUUAUGGGCUGGCUUAGUAGACAUCUAAAAAAGAAUGCUUAUUAAGACAUAUCAAUAAUUAGUAUUAUCACAGCAUAUUUCUUCUAAAAUUACCAAUCUUUGAAAUCUCAGGAGGUUAACACAGAGGGAAAACUAGAUUUGAUGUCAUUAGAUUAAAACGAAGCGUAACAAGACGAUUAACGCAAAAAGCAAUAAGAAUAUUGCAAAAUGGAUAAACAGAAUGACACUGAUCUAAAGAAGGAAGUAUUGUCUUAAAUGAAUAGUUAUUUGAAAAAAGAGUACCAUAAAUUUUAGAAUUAAGUUUCAUAUAUUAGAACACCUGAUAUUGCCUAAGCCUUCUUUUGUUUAUUAAUUGAUUGGAUUGAAGCAUAUUCUGAUCUUGAAGAUUAUAUUGAGAAAGGAAAAGAACUUUAAUAGGAGAAGUAGUAAUUGUAAAAGAAAGAUGAAAAAGGAGAAUGAUCUAUUAAAAAAUCAUAUAACAUAAUACAUUACUCUA